AUGCCCGACAUCGACCCCGCGGCCCUGAGCAGCCGCCCAUCAGUAAAUCUCUCCACGCCGACACUCUCGACCAAAUCCAUCACCGUACAACCUCCCGGCUCCCUCAAAGCCGCCAAAACAAGUCAGAUCAUACCGGCCCGCAUUGACCUAGAACCGCUUUAUACCGCCUUGAAGCAGGCUAUCGGCCCAGAAGCAUGGGUCAUCUACAAGGAGUCAACCACAGAGUUUCUCAUCGGUCGAUUGAAUCAGACCGAGUACUCAGAACGAAUCGACCCCAUCCUCACAUCUCCCAAUGGCGAAAAGGAACACCUCCAUAAUCAGCUAAUUGCUGCGAUAUACGGCAAUGUCACAAGGGAGAUGCCCGACCAGGGCCUUGCCCCUUGGGUCAGCGCCAAUGACAAGCCCACCGCUCCCGUUGGCAGUAAGCCUGUAUCGGGGGAUGCGGCGGAGCGUCGUCUAAAGGGCGACGUGAUGCAGUUGCCCACCAAGGACCGUCGGCGUAUCAAGGAUUUGGUUUCAAAUGACUUUGAUCCCUACGAAAGCCUUUCCAAUAUCUUCCUCGACAACCACCGACGACAGCCCAAGCCGGCCGAUGUACCACCUAGUGCAGGAGGCAUUGGUGGUAUAAAUAAGAUGAAUUUCGAUUUGGAAAUUCGCAAGCGCUUUGCGCAACCCUUGGCCGGAGAGUCUGGCGAGUUUCCCGAUGCCCCCGUAGUCGAAGGCAGGAUGUUACCGUUCUGCUACGAUGCAGGGCUCACCAGCGGCCAUGUCCAGGAUGCACCGCACUUCAUGACAGUUGCGACUGAAACAUUCAUCAAGGAAUCGCUGGCCGCCAUAUUCGCCAAGACAAAGAGCAAUGGCCCAGGAGAAGGUGCUACCGCUGGGUUCGGCGCGGGAACCCAAUGGAUUCAGACCCACAAGUACCGACACCAGCUCGUCAAGGAGGAGGAUGCGGCCCUACGAGGUGACCUUACACGCGACAAAAGUGGCCUUCUACCUAUUGAGUCGAAGGCAGCAAGUGAGCGUGGACCCCUUGGUAUGGCGGAUGUACGGAUUGCCCUGCAGAUGGCCGACAGCGGCUUGGCCCAGUUCCCCAUCAUAAGCACGGCGAUAUCAUACGGCUAUCGUGAAGGAGAACUUGAGAACUGGCACGACUACACCUGGCUCCCGGGUCUCGAACCUCCUGGAACCAAGACUGAAACCUCCGAUAUCAAACCGGCGGUUACAGAGCAGCUACCCAACGGACACGUCGACGCAAUGGAAAUUGACUCUGAGGCCUGGUGGGAAGGUGCAGAUCCUCAAGAUAUGAGCUCCCUUGACUCUGUUCUUGACUCUUGUCUUGCAGUUGGAUCAUAG